CAUUCCGCAACCGAUAUGUUUGGUGAAUUAGUUUCUUUUUUGUUUUCUCUUCAAAGCUUUCUUUUGGUGAUUAUUCUUAUUGUAACACUCUAUGCCAUUUCUUGCCUUCUGUUCCCUGAUGUUCCUGUUUCUGACUUGGAGAAAAAAGCCGUUCUUAUCACUGGAUGCGACAGUGGUUUUGGUUACGAGCUCGCAAAGAAGCUCGAUUCUCGAGGUUUGCAGGUUUUUGCUGGAUGUCUCACUUCAGAUGGACAAGCUAAGCUGAGAAGUGAGUGUUCUACACGGAUGACCACGUUAGAACUGGAUGUUGUGAAUCAAAGCGAUAUACAGAAGGCUUUAGAAGUUGUCCAAUCACUUCUAUCCUUGAGCGGUACAAACGGUACGUGUCAUAAUUUUCAUUUACCCCCCUUCAACAGAACAAAACAGCUUCUAACGGAACUAUAGAGACAAUGGAUCUGUCAGUUAUUUCAGAAUAGUGCAGUCCGACUCAGCAGUGAUCAUGAAGCUUUGCGUGACCUCUUUAUUUGUGGGGGUUCUGGAAACAAAUAUUUUGCCCCCCUGGGAACAAAGUUGUCUCUGGAAGAUUGAGCAAAUCUUCGCGAAUCCACGCAGCAAAUAUAAGGUGAACAGAACAGUGUUAAUUCCUCGAAAAUCGCAACCUGAUUUGUUGCAAGAAAGGUUUGAUUCGUGGGAGUAAAACGUGUAACAUUGUUAUUUAACUCGUUUUGCAGAAAUUUUGCAAAACAAGUUGAGUGUUUUUGAUGCUAGUUUUAGCGUAUCAUAGUCAUAUUAGACCUCUUUCGCAUCAUAUUUUCUUAUCUUUGGACAAGUGAAUGUGAAUGGUGAGAAAAGGUACGCGCAGAGUCAUUUGAAAGAUCACGAAACAUUGCAAAUUCACAGAUAUUCCACAGACGUGACGUGAAAAUGGCUGGGUUAACAUUGCCAUAUUUGGAUUGGAAAUACUUUAGGUUUGAAAAUUUGGAUGUACCUGUUUCACACGACUGGCCGUGCAUGGAAACGGCACUUGACCUAUGCCAAGAAAGUAAAACUCUAAAAGAACACUAUUUGCUCCCUAAAAAUUGUACUGGCCCCCUUUCUAAGCCUUUAAAAAUUGUGUAGGCUAACUCAACCCUCGAGUUACAUCAAGGUAAGCUUUCUCUGGUGUCAUCCAUUUUUUCCCCUAAUUUCUUGGCAUAAGUAAUAUUGGGCUUAUAACUCCAUGUGAGAAUUUUGUUUUUGUUCUGAGGCUGUUUGCCAGAAUUUUUGACUGAAAUGACCCCCCUCCCCCACCCCCCGCCCCAUCCUCAGGAGUCUAAUGAUGGGCUUAACAGCACAGGACAUGGCACUCACCAUGCCCUAUGGGUCAUCUGUCCACCAUUUUGUCUUGAUAUAACUCAUUUUUUUCGGCUGUUCCACACAGACAGCCUGAUAAUGAUGACUAAAUGAAUGAUUUCUUUCAGGUUUAUGGGCUGUAGUAAAUAAUGCUGGGAUUGCAAUGCUAGGCCCUUUUGAAUGGCAGACCAUAGAAGAAAUGAGGAGAACGGUUGAUGUUAAUCUCUGGGGAAUGGUGUUGGUAACUAAGACCUUUCUACCUUUACUCAAAAGAACGAAGGGCCGUGUUAUUAAUGUUGCCAGUACAUCUGGAAGAGUUGCUAGCCCUGGUGCCAUGGCAUAUUCCAUUUCUAAGUAUGGUGUGGAAGCUUUCUCAGAUUGUUUGCGUAAUGAAAUGAAGCACUUUGGAGUUACAGUUCACAUUAUUGAACCAGGAAACUUUAAAACAAACAUCUCAAGUGUUGAGAAAAACUGCCAGCAGUUAGAAAGGUUGUGGGCAAAACUUGAUAUAGAGACAAAGGAAAGUUAUGGUAAAGGAUAUUAUGACCAAGGUAUAGUGACAAUGCUAUUUAAACUGGUAAUCUUAGUUGAUAUCCAUAUUGAAAAGAACUCACACUUGAUAGAGUUGAUCCCCUCUUCUCCAUGGGUAUAUUCUCCCACAAUACUCAGUGUGAGACAUAACCAUGAAGGACUAUGGCUUAUCUUAUGCACCUUAAAGUGCAAGUUAAACUGAAGAAAUCAGAGUGGCUGAGUGUGGUGAACAAAAUAAUAAUUAUUAGAAUUAAUUUCACACAAUUAUUCCCAGCCACUCAGCUCCAUUCAUUUGCCUAUCUUCAGGGAAUCAGAAUAAUUUUCCAUGGAAUCAGAAGUUUUGUACCUAUGAGGGCCAACUAAAUGCCCCCAUCAUUCGGUGCAAAGUAAAGCUGAAAACUGAGUUACCGGUAACUAAGGUUCAUAUCCAUGCUAGUAGUGUGAAGAUAUUAUUAUAAGAAAUUCACCAUUUUUCUAUCCUGUACUUUCAGCCAUCACUUUCAUUUCCACCAUGUUACCAUUGCUUGGAUCCACGAAAAUCUACAAAGUGGUUAAUGUUAUGGAGCAUGCUAUCACAUCUACUCGGCCAAAAUUAUGGUACAUGAUAGGAUGGGAUGCCAAUCUACUUUGGAGGACUGCUUCUUUUCUACCAUCAGAGAUGCAAGAUUUAGUUUAUUUUUCUUUUCCAAAACCCCAAGGAAUUUCAGAUUGCAAGGAUGAAAGAGAAAGUAAGAUGUAAGAAACAUGGAAGUCUUGACAUUAUUUGACAAAGAGUGACUGCGAUACAACCAUGACAAAACCCUUAAAGACAUUAGAGCAGCAAUGCUUGUAGAGCUAAUGGACAUUUUUCUUGAUUAUGUAUCAUGAGGUCAUCACUUUUCCAUGGAUCU